AUGAAAGAUACUUUGAAUGAAUAUAAGGCUAGAGUCCAUCAGGAAAAUUAUAGUGAUGGGCAAUUAAUCUUAAAUAGUAAAGAUUUUCCCGACGUUGUACUCGGGGAUGUAUUCAAAAUUUGUUUGCCAAGCGCUGCACAAUGUAUUGAUACUCAAAAACGUUGUAUCGAUUAUACUCGCACCUACUGUAGUUGCACAAGAGAGAAAUGUAUCAGCUUGCAAGUCAAGUCCAUAACCAAUGACAUUCCUAAAGGCACGGUGUCAAUUCAUAAAAAUGCAGCGUCUGUACUUGGUAUAACUGCGUAUCAGACAGUUUUACUUAAGCUACUUGAUAAGCAGGAGAUUGAACUGUAUGCUAUCGAAUUGGCAUUUAAGGAUCAGUAUAUAGGCCGAAGAGAUAUGUGGUGCUUGAAAGAAGCAUUGAGAGAUAGGUGUGUGUAUUAUGGAGGCAAACUUGAACACGACUGUAUCAGGUACUUAGCAACUGAGAAGAAUCUGUUUAUUGCUUCAUCUUUAGCCAUCUCACAGUAUAUUAUAAUUAGGUGCCAGAUAGAUAAACUUUGGUUUAGAAAUAGUGAUAGAAUUAUUGCUGGAAAUAGCGGAUAUAUAUCUAAAAAUACCAAGGUCAAUUCCUGUGAUCAUGAUGUCACAAUUGUAUUGUUUUCUAGGACUAUUUAUAAUUUGGAGGCUUUCGAAUCCGGUAACGUUAGUGCGACAAAGGAAACCUCUCCAUCUUAUGAAGAUUUUUAUAGAGUUGUUACCCUAUCUGAAAGACGCAAUGACUGGAGUACAAUAAUAAUUCAACUCAAACGUUAUUUUGGAGAGUACUUAUGCCAUGUUAAUGUAACAACACCAGAAGGCUCUAGCAAAGAUGGUAAUAUAAAUUCCUCAUACUCACAAGGAAACUGUUUAGAAGCAAUGAAUCUUGCCUUAAACUUAUUAGAAAAGCAUUACAUCGAUCGUAACUUUGAUCGGACUGGACAAUGUAUAACAGUUAUUACUGCUGGCCCUGGGAUUAUUGAGAUAAAAUAUGCGGAAGAUAAAUAUGAAGUACCGGAUGAUUGGAUCAAUCUGAGUGGAUACGUUUCAAAAACACAGCUUGAACUAAGAAAAAAAUCCAGCCGUUAUUAUGUUCCAAGAAUUAAAUUUUCAAGCAGUUUUUUUGAUGCUUUAAAGAAUAGUCGCAGGGCAACACCAGCGGAACAAAUACUAAAAAUUUUUGAAAGCGAUGAUAGAGGAGAUGAUUUCGACUGGGGUAAUUUAUUGCUAGAGAAUAUGGAGAGGCAGUCUGAUGAUGGAGAUUCUAUUAAGGAGAGUAAGGAUACUACGAAUCACCUAAAUGUUAAAGAUGAUGAUCGGUCCGUAUCGAAUGAAGACGAUGAUGACUCUGAAAACAUUAAAAUUUUUUAUCCCUCAUUAAUGAAAAAUCGUGGGCAUUGCUAUAGUCGUUGGAAUGAUGUUGUUUUACAAAGUCCAGUAGUUUCCAAAGCAGAUAACCAAAAUGAUGAUAAAGGAUAUGAGCUUCCAAGUUGCAUAUUUCCAAGCAAAACUAUUGCUUUAGCUGCUUUGAAGCACAUGAAUGAAAGAGAUUCGACGUUAGCAGAAGAUGUUCAACAACCCGAAGACCAUGAGGUUAUAGAUGAAAAUACUAAAAAUGUGGAGGAAUAUUUUAAUCAUUACAUUCAAGAAUUUACCGAAUCAGCAUCCGAGGGCAUCAACGGUCUGAAGUCAAAUCAUGGAGUAGCUUACUACUAUGUCAAUCCAAAAAGAGAACCAGAAAAUAAACGUACUAUCUACGCGACAGAUUCAGAUACUUUUUGGGAUUUCUAUGAAAGAGUUGAUUGGCGAUCGCUAACUGCGCCAGCUUGUUUACCUUUAACAAAUCGUGAAUAUCCUUCUAGAGAAGAUAUUCUAAAGGAAUAUAGUGCUACUCAUGAAGUGCGGCAAAGCGACGGCUUUAGUGAGUCAGAAAUUGAAGGUCUAUUUCAGGUUAUGGUUUUGCAAAGAAUUUCUCAGGGCUUUCAGGUUUAUUAUCCUAUAAAAGAUAAUAAAGAGUUAUCAAAGCCGUUUUUAUCUUCAGAACAGUUACAAGUUGAUAUUAAACAAACAAUGGUUGAAUUAAAGAGUGGAGAACUACGAGAUUUAGAUUGGCAAUCCAUAGAUAAUUAUGUUAUGGGAAAAAUUGAUAGAUCUCAUGAAUUUUUAAAUGAGCUUGUCAAGUUCUGGCAAUUACGUUUCGCUCUUCUUCCGGUUCAUUCCUCGGUUACAUCUAGCAAAGCCACCAUAUUAAAUUACUUGCAUAUAAUGGUGCCCGAAAAAAGUACUGAAAUGAAAUCUCUCACAUGCGUCUAUAGUGAGAGAUUGAAGGAAAUAUUUUUGUUAGAGCAAUUUUUAAAAUUUGCUGAAAAUUUAAAUCGCUGUAGGAGAAGUUCCCAUCGACAGUCCUUAAGCAAGCCGUCGCAGCUGAAAGCUUUCAAGGCAUUUGUCGAUCCGGAUGAGUCAAUCACUAGCGGGACGAUUUAUUCCGAUGCUGAUAAAUCGAUGGAAACUCGAAAAGAAAAUAUAUCCGGAGAGGAAGGCGCUCGUAGCACAUCUGAUAAUUCAUCAAAGACGAUAUCAUCUAAUGAAGUUGUUCAACUGAUGCAAGAUAUCUCAGCUGGACUACCGUUCUUAGAUAAACAAAGAGACAUUCCAAAUAAGACCUUUGUCUCCGCGACUUUUGUUGGCUGGGUCAUAGAAUCAAUCGAUUCUGUUCAUACUAUUACAGAUGCCUUAGCUUUAGGCCAGCGUCUUCUAGAUGAAAAGUUAAUUAUUAAGAUAACCAACUCCAGGAAAAAUCAAUUUAUAUUUGGAUACCACGUCUAUUGUAUCGCUUCUAGUAAUGAGACUGUAACUGAAUUUUCUGAUCGCUGGGUUGAGAUAGAAAUUUAUGGGAUGAAGAAUGUUAUGCCUUCUCAGGAAUCAGAACAUCUUCAAUACAGAUGUCUUCAAAUUGAAGUAGAUCAUAAGAAACAAUUAGAUAAAAACUUCCAAGAAUGGUUUACCGUUAAUUAUAGUACAAAUUACAAGCCUAGGUGUGCUUAUCGAUUUGAAGUGCGAUGGUUAAUAUCGUCCGCUACUGAUGUUAACGAAACCAUCCAAGAUUGGGGAAGAAGAGCUCGGGCAGCAGGUUUCUUAUUGACACCAGUUCCAUAUUGUCCGUUUCCGACUUCCAAUUCUGUACACCCAUUUUACUCACCAGCUGAGAUCGAUAUUGAUCUCUCUUGGCUUGUUAAUGAUGACGCGAAGGAGGAAGGAAAAAAUACAACAGUUGGUAAAUUUAGACGAUUUGUUAAACUUGUGAUGGACAGACUUGAAUUCAUAAUUGAUCCUGGCGUUGAAAUAAUAGAAAACGAACAGCUAUUAUUUAUUCACUCCUCCGGUGCAGCAUUAGUUAAAUAUCGCAUACGUAGCAAAGAGGAGCAGAUCAAUAAGUUAUGCGAUACAACGAAUUUGAAAGAGGCCCAGGUCGAUUUCUUGUGGUCGCAAAAUUACAUGCUGCCCAAACGCUCAAGUUCUACUUCUGACAAUCAACAAGACAAACUACUACCAGAUUUUCAGAAAUUUUGGACAAACAGUGACAAUAAAUUAAAGGAGUGGUGGAAAAAUUUUAUUGAAGCGGAAUAA